CUGUCACGCACUGUCGCGUCAAAAUUGUAAUGUAUUUUCUUGUGGUUAUCAAUACCUGCUUCCUGCUGGCUUUAUAAGAGCUCCUGACAAAGUUUCUUACUUAAAACAACCUGCAUGUUAGAACGGUGACCACUCAGAACUAGUCGAUCGAAGAGAGCAGAAACAGUGUUGUGAUUUCAUGUAGUUUUAAAAUGAAAAAUUUAAACAUCGUUUUUGUGGCAAAUAUUCUGCCACUUUUACUUGCCAUCACUCCGACAAAAUGUGUUCUAAACGAACAAGAACUCAAAAAUUUGUUGGCUAAUGAAUACGAAAGAACCGCCUCAGCAAUUUGCACAAAGGUGAACGAAGCCGAAUGGAAUUACGAAACUGAUAUAAAUAAUCACGAAAAGGAACAAAUCGUGUUAAACGCGACGCUACAAUCGGCAGCAUUCCACAAAAAAUACUGGAAUAAAUAUUUCAAAGACCUAAAACCUGAAGACUUCCAAGAUCCGGAAAUCAAAAGACAGGUCAAAGACCUGAAACUUUUAGGUGAUAGUGCACUUGAUGAGAAAAAAUUGGCAGAAUUAACUAAAACGGUCAAUGCAAUGACUAAUAUUUACAGUACGGCGAAAAUUUGCCCUUAUAAGGACCAACAAUGCGAUUUAGCCAAAUCUGGACUGUCUUUAGAGCCAGGAAUUGAAGCAGUUAUUGCCAAAUCUACGGAUUAUGACGAGCUGUUGUACGUUUGGAAGGCUUGGAGAGAUGCUUCAGGUGCCAAAAUGAGGAACUUGUACCGGAUUUAUGUCGAUUUGUCCAACGAAGCCGCCGUUGCAAACAAUUUUAAGGACAAAGGGGAGGUAUGGAGGUACGGUUACGAGUCCAAAACCUUCAUCCAAGACAUUGACGAGCUUUGGAAUCAAGUUGAGCCACUCUAUCUUGAGUUACAUAAAUAUGUGGGCAGUAAAUUGAAGGAACGUUUCGGUGACAAACUUGAUGAUAGUGAUGGUCUUCUCCCCGCCCAUUUAUUCGGUAAUAUGUGGGCCCAAGAAUGGAAUAACAUAGCCCAGCUGGUGAAACCAUUCCCCAAUGCGAGUAAAAUCGACGUAGACAAGGCUUUAAUUGAACAGAAAUACACAAUUUUGGACUUGUUUCAAACCUCUGAUAACUUUUACAAAUCUUUAGGGCUCAUACCUAGCGAUAUUUGCUACAAUACUAGUGCUGGCGCAAUGAUUGAGAAACCAACCGAUGGUAGAGAAGUGCUAUGUCAUGCCAGUGCUUGGGAUUUCUGCGAUGGGAAAAACUACAGGAUUAAAAUGUGCACUGAAGUGAAUUUCGAAGACUUUAUUACAAUCCACCACGAAAUGGGUCACAUACAGUAUUUCCUCCAGUAUGCCAAACAACCCAUCACGUUCCGUGAGGGGGCCAAUCCAGGCUUCCAUGAAGCCAUAGGCGAUACCAUCGCCUUGUCGGUUUCCACGCCAAAACAUUUGGAAAAAAUCAAUCUUUUGAAAAACUAUAACAACAGUUAUGAGUCCUCGAUCAAUACACUUAUGGACAUGGCGUUGCAAAAAAUCGCCUUUUUGCCCUUUGGACUACUGAUUGAUAAGUGGAGAUGGGAUGUUUUCAGCGGAGCUGUGAAACCAGAACAGUGGAACGCACACUGGUGGGAGUACAGGAAAAAGUACCAGAAAAUCAAACCGCCGGUAGCAAGGAGUGAGGAGGAUUUUGAUCCCGGUGCUAAGUUCCACGUGGCUGGAGACUCGGAAUAUAUAGCUUAUUUUGUGGCCCAUACUUUGCAGUUUCAAUUUUACAAAAGUUUGUGUGUGGAAGCUGGGGAAUAUAAUCCAGAUGAUAAGAAUGUGCCGUUACAUAAUUGCGAUUUUUACGAAUCUAAAGCAGCAGGAGAUAAAUUAAGGGAAGGUUUGUCGCUCGGUUCUAGCAAACACUGGAGUGAGGUUUUGGAAGUUAUGACUGGGAGUAGAAAGUUGGAUGCUUCGGCUGUUUUGGAGUACUUUGAACCGUUGUAUAAGUUUUUAAAAGAGAAAAAUUCGAAAUAAAAAAUGUGUUAAUUUGUCGUAA